AUGGAAGAAGCAAUUGAUUAUGUUCGUCCAAAUAUUGGCGAAGGCAUUUCUCAUGCUUUUGGGGGUGAGAAACACUACCCUUUAGAGCUUUUUUUGGAUGAACUAGGCAAAGGAGCGAUUAAAGACAGUAUUCUUGUAAACUUUGGGGAGUGUGGUUUGGCUUCAUCCCUUGGAUCGUUCCAAGUCAAGUAUGUGAAUCCGAUUACCAAGCUAUGUAUCAUCAGAACCUCACGAGAGGAGUACCGAAAGGUCUGGUCUGCAAUUACCAUGGUUAGGCGCAUUGGUAACUGCCCAGUUCUAUUCAACCUGCUAGAUCUAAGUGGAAGUAUCAAGGCCUGUAAAGUUGCUGCCUUGAAGUUUGAUGAAAUGGAAUUUGAGCACUACAAACUUGCAGCUGGAGCACCUCUCUCUACUGAUGUUAAUCAGCACAUGCAAAACUGUCUUGAAAAGAUCAACAUUUUGGAGCACUGAGCCAUGUGUUGGUCGUAACCUACUGGCCUGCCAAAUUUUGGAGCACUGCUUUGUUUUGCACAACUCAUGAACAGUUUCAAACUGGCGAUUUCUGAUCCAUCCCUUUCAGCUUUUCUUUGUCUUUGGGGUUGUUAAAUCUGAGAUGUUUGAAAUCAUACUAGCUGACCCAUUUUGUUUCAGAGCAUCAUUUCAAGAACUUGUCCAGGUGAGAGUGCCUGUGAAGAACCUUUGAGAUCCACUGUACCUUGAUCUUGUGCAUCCUUUAUCAAAGCAGCUGCUUUGUGUUUUUUUUUUUUUCAUUUUGAACUUGUGUACUUCUGCCAUAUCGUUUUACAUUUUGAAAGUGAAGUUUUAUCUGGCAA